AUGGAGGCUGCUGCAGAAGACGCGGCGGAGAUCCAAAGCCCAAUGGAAAACGAAACACCGGCGGACAACCUAAGCCUCGCCCAAGACACUUCAAUCAUGUCGAGAAGUAACGCAGAUAUAGACAAACCUCUUACCUUACCACGGCGCCGGAAGAAGGGGAACUUGCCAGUCGCGUCUGUUAAGAUUCUCCGCGACUGGAUGUAUAAGCAUCGGUUUAGGGCUUACCCUUCAGAAGGGGAGAAGCAAAUGCUGUCGGAGAAGACCAAUUUGUCUUUGUCCCAGAUCUCUAACUGGUUCAUCAAUGCUCGCAGACGCAUUCUUCCAGAGAUGCUUCAACAGUCUAGAAAUGACUCCUUCGUUGAUCAGGAAAUGGGCAAAGAUGACGAUGACACCCACCUGCAGGACACCGAUGACUUCAUGUCUGCCAAGUCAGGCCCAGAGAUCCAGACAAGGUACAAUCCCUGUGGCCCGUGCCAAUGGGCCAGAUGUCAGGAGAGAAGCUACCAGAUCCAGGGUCGGCCUCUAGCGAGGAGCUCGCCGUGA